AGGAUGUCUCUAUGGCUAAUAUUCGUUGUGGUCUUAGAUAUUUAACUCCAACCAUAGGUUGUGUUUCUCUCUCUUUUCAAAUGGCAAACAUUUUCUCCUAUGCUUCCAUUACACCACGCCUCACUGCUCAGCACCACCACCUCAGUUUCCAGCCAAAUUAUCUCAGUUUACAGCCAAGUCAGCGUUACAGUGUCUGCAGAUUUCGUUGCAGUGGUGAAAACCCAACAAGGAAAUCAACAUCCAAUACAGAAUCCCAACCAGAAAAUGCAAAUGUAGUGCUUAAGGUUGCUUGGUAUGCCUCUGAGUUUUUGGGCAUUGCCACUUCGUUUUUCAACCCACCAUCCAAAGUUGAAGCUCCUGAAACUGCUCUUGAGCUUGCAAGAGAUGGGUCUGGAGCCGUUGAUCGUGCCGGAGUAGUAAAAUCAAUCAAAGAUGACUUUGAAAGAUCAUACUUUGUCACAGGGAACCUCACGCUUGAUGCAUAUGAAGAGGUUUGUGAAUUUGCUGAUCCUGCAAGCUCAUUCAAAGGGCUUCAACGUUUCAAAAGGAACUGUACUAAUUUUGGAUCCCUUUUAAAGAAGUCAAAUAUGAAGCUUAUGAAGUGGGAAGAUUUUGAGGAUAAAGGAAUUGGUCACUGGAGAUUCAGUUGUAUCUUGUCAUUCCCUUGGAGGCCAAUUCUAUCUGCAAGUGGAUACACUGAGUACUACUUUGAUGAACGGUCAGGGAAAGUGUCCAGGCAUGUAGAGCACUGGAAUGUUCCCAAAAUGGUUUUACUGAAGCAGAUUUUAAAGCCAAGCAGGGGAUUCUGGCUUAAGAAAACAGGUGGUUGAAGAAUUGCUGUUUGUGGAAAAGGAGGGUCAGAGUAACAAGCUAUGGCCAACUUCUUCGGACUCUGAUCACAAUUUUGAUGGUUUAUGUAUGUGGAAAAAGAAGUUGUAAAUAAUGGAGGAGUGAGCUAGUGGAAUUUAUGGUUAUGUACUGUUGAUAUGUUGGGAUUUGUCAGUAAAUAUGAGAUAUGUACAUCAAUGACCAAAAUGAAUGUGAAUUUGGGUGAUUUCAAAUUCCACCA